UAUAGAGAAUUUUUCUAAGUGGGCUCCGAAAACGAUUGGUAAACCGAGUUGCCGGCUGAAAUGGAGAGUGAUAAGGAAGUCAACUUUGUGGAAGUUGCAGUAAUCGGAGCUGGACUAAGUGGUUUGUUCGCUGCCCGGGUUCUUCACAAGAAGUAUGGUGUCAAGGUUGUUGUUCUUGAGGCAAGAGACCGCGUAGGCGGGCGUACUUUUACUGAAACGGACCCCAGUUUUGGUUACUGUGAUUUGGGUGGAGCCUAUGUAUGUGAAACUCAGACCAGACUGCUGAAACUUGCCCAGGAGCUAGGAGUAGAAACAUAUCAAGUUUACAGUCAGGGACAAUCUGUGGAACAUUAUUUGGGUAAAAGAAUUACUAAGCAAGGAGCCCUUCCUUCUAUGGGGUCCAUAUUAGGUGCCUUAGAUGUUAACAACUUCUGGCAGCUCCUGGACAAAAUGGCCAAACAAGUUCCUCUGGAGGAUCCUUGGAAUGCCCCUUGUGCUUUAGAAUGGGAUAAGAUGACUGUCAAACAGCUGAUUGAUCAGAAGUGUUGGACAAGGUAUGGAAAGGCUGCAGCUGCUGCAUAUGUGCAAGGAAUUCUCACUUCAGAGCCACACGAUAUCUCUCUGUUGUUUUUCUUGUGGUAUCUGCAUUCUGGAGGAGGGACAAAACGGAAUAUUGAAUUUGAAGCAGGAGGGGGACAGGAAAUGAAAUUUUGUGGAGGCUCUCAGACUGUUAGUAUGAAAAUGGCUGAACAUCUUGGUGAUAGAGUGAAAUUAAACAGCUGUGUUGUGCGUAUUGAAGAGUGUGAUGAUCAUAUUAAAGUGAAAUGUGCAGAUGGAACAGAAUAUAGGGCUUCAUUUGUCAUCAGCUCAGUUCCUCCAGCUUUGCUCGGAAAGAUCAGCUUCAAUCCUCCUCUUCCACCUCUAAAAAAUCAGGCAAUUCAAAGAAUUCCUAUGGGAUCCAUUAUCAAGACAAUCACCUUCUAUGAUCGGCCAUUUUGGAGAGAGAAAGGUCUCGCAGGCUAUUUUAAUUCGGAUGAAGGUCCAGUUGAGGAAGGUUACGAUGAUACUAAACCAGAUAACAGUCAUCCGGCCAUUAUGGGGUUUAUACUGGCGGAUAAAGCGCGACAGACAACAACUCUUACCAAAGAGGAAAGACAGAAACUAGUUUGUGAGCAAUAUGCCAGAAUAUAUGAUACCUCAGACGCACUGGAGCCAGUGUUGUAUUUAGAGAAGAACUGGAUGGCGGAUGAGUUUUCUGGAGGCUGCUAUGUUGGAACUUUUCCUCCUGGGGUGUUAACUGCUUACGGAAAAGUUUUGAGGAUGCCUUUUGGUCGAGUGCAUUUCGCUGGAACGAUCACGGCGACACUUUGGGCCGGUUACAUGGAAGGCGCGAUAGAGUCUGGGGAACGCGCUGCUGUGGAGGUGCUAUGCAGACUUGGUAAGAUGACAGAAAGUGAAACUAGAAAACGACUUAAGUUAGAGGGUUUGGAAUCUAAGUUUUUAGAGUUUUCAUUUAUGGAGAAGCACUUACUACCAUCUGUGCCCACCUUGUUGGCUUGUUCCUCUCUGCUCAGUGGGGCGGUUGUUCUCUCAAUACUUUGGUGGAAAUAUUGUUUAAAGUAGAACUUGUCUAAUUCAGUUAAAUAACUGUGAAAUGUUCUUCAAUUUGGAGAGAUUUGAGCCCAUAUUUGGUAUUUUGUUUUAGAAGCUUAGGUCCUACUGGGAUAAAAUAUUAUAAAAUUUGGUCCUUAUCAAACCAUAUGGGAUUUUUCGAUACUUCGCAGGAAACGAAGAACUCGACAGCACUCGAAAAUGUAAACAAAGUGAAAUAAUUCAAGAAUAUUACUCAAAAAAUGCUGUAAAGGACCACCCGUGUUCGAGCCAGGGUUUAAGCGCUCAUUCUUAAUGGGCAUUCCAAAGGGGAAAGAGCUAUUACUUUUAUUACUUUAUUGAAAAGUCAAACAGGAUAAGCUGAUACUACUAGCUUCAAAUGAUGUCUGAUGUUUCUUUUUUUGUCAUU